ACCAGCUGAAAUCAGAAGAAACUGAACUAUGAGCAGCGGACCGGAGGGAGGAGGAGGGAGGAGGGUCUUCCUCAGCGCUCACCGCUGCCCUGAAGUCGACCUGCUGCCACACGACGACUGUGACUCACAGAUCCCUCUGCCAUGUUCACAUGCUCCUGCUGAGCUCACCUGUAACGGUCCGCCUGACACAAAUUACCUGGACAUCUCGUCCACCUGUUGCUCCGAGGAGCAGGAGGAGCAGGAGGAGGAGGGGAGCAUCAGCGACUGGUCGGAGGAGGAUCUGUCCCUCCACUUCCCUCCCUCUGUCAUCGUCCCGUCAGACGAGUCCGAUCCAGAGAGCGGCUACGAGUGCGUCGACGUCAACAUGGACACUCAGGUGAGAAGUCAGGAGGGGGAGGGGCUAAAGAUGGUCCCUAAACGACUGAUUCAACUAAAGAAGAAGAAAGACGCUGAGAAACUACAGGUUAUACUGAGGGAUGGACCUGAUGAAGGGGGUGGAGUUAACAUUGAGGUUUCAGCCAAUAAGGCGCUCUGUCCCACCGUCCGUCAUUGCCCUGACCUGUUGCUACGGCAAAACAGUAUGCCCGCCUCCCUGCACACGCGCGUGACGACCAGCAGCGAUGUCGACAGCUACAGGGUCUACAGGGGCCUGGUGGCAGGGUCUACUCCAG